AAGGUUAGAACCAGCAAUUAUCCGGCUUCCUCUCCUCUGAGACCCGUGGACCCAACGGAGGGACCUGCGACCUCAGUGACCACUGCUCCCCAGGAGCCUCCUGCCCCGCCUCCGCCAGCGGCAGGCAGCAGCGGAGCUGGCACGGUCCCUGGGCGCGCCAUGCGCAGCACCACCCUACUGGCGCUGCUAGCUUUGGUCCUCCUUUACUUGGUGUUGGGUGCCCUGGUGUUCCAGGCCCUGGAGCAGCCUUAUGAGCAGCAGGCCCAGAAGGACUUGGGGGAGGUCCGUGAAAAGUUCCUGAGGGCCCAUCCGUGUGUGAGCCAUCAUGAGCUGGGUCUCUUCAUCAAGGAGGUGGCUGAUGCUUUGGGAGGGGGUGCGGACCCAGAAACCAACUCCACCAGUAUCAGCAACCACUCAGCCUGGAACCUGGGCAGUGCCUUCUUUUUCUCAGGAACCAUCAUCACCACCAUCGGAUAUGGCAACGCAGCCCUGCGCACAGAUGCCGGCCGCCUCUUCUGCAUUUUUUAUGCACUGGUAGGGAUUCCACUGUUCGGGAUCCUGCUGGCAGGGGUCGGGGAUCGGCUGGGCUCCUCCCUGCGUCGUGGGAUUGGUCACAUCGAAGCAGUCUUCCUGGUGAGCUGCUCCACAACCUGUGUGCUUUUGUACUGGACUGAGGAUACCCUUCUUAUGUCCCUGAAGUGGCACGUGCGACCGGAGCUGGUGCGAGUGCUGUCGGCAAUGCUCUUCCUGCUGAUUGGCUGCCUGCUCUUUGUCCUCACGCCCACAUUUGUGUUCUGCUAUAUGGAAGACUGGAGCAAGCUGGAGGCCAUCUACUUUGUCAUUGUGACACUCACCACCGUGGGCUUCGGGGACUAUGUGGCUGGGGCUGACCCCAAGCAGGACUCUCCAGCCUACCAGCCACUGGUGUGGUUCUGGAUCCUGCUUGGCCUGGCCUACUUCGCCUCGGUGCUCACCACCAUCGGGAACUGGUUGAGAGUCGUGUCUCGCCGCACACGGGCAGAGAUGGGUGGCUUCACGGCGCAGGCUGCCAGCUGGACCGGCACAGUGACGGCGCGGGUGACCCAGCGAGCUGCGCCCACUGCACCUCAGCCAGAGAAGGAGCGUCCACCUCUGCCUCCCCCACCCUGUCCAGAGCAGCCAGUCAGCCUGCCCCAGCCCCUCGCCCCCCCAGAGAAGGUCGACACGCCUUCCCCACCUACCGCCUCGGCCCUCGACUACCCCAGAGAGAAUCUGGCCUUUAUUGACGAGUCCUCCGACACGCAGAGCGAGCGCGGCUGUGCCCUGCCUCGCGCGCACAGGGGUCGCCGCCGUCCCAGCUCCACCAGGAAGCCUGCACGGCCCCGGGGUCCAGGGCGUCCCCGAGACGAAGGCCUGCUGGUGUAGGACCCGGACCCUUGC